CGGCCCCCGCGGCCUGGCCCGCCCCGGGAGCGCCGCGCCGCCCGCUGCCGCUACAUGCUCGCCCUGGCCCCGCGGCCACCGCCGGUCCUGCGCCGCUCGCCCGGCCGCAGUCUCCACCCGUGGCCGCCAGGGGCCGUCCGCGCCCUGCACCCCACACCCCGCACUUCCGGGCCGAGGGCGCGGCCCCGCCCCCGCGAAUACGCCCCGCCCCGUGUGCGCACGCCCCUUCGGCCCACACGCCCCGCCUCCAACCCUUCAGAGCCGCUGAGAACGAGCCUGCCCUCCUCGCCCCUUCAGGACCUCGGGAGCGCGUCUGUCGCGCCCUUACGCACCACCCCCAACGCCCGUCGGGGAGGGCCAGAGCGCGCCUGCCCCGCCUUCAGCCCGUCCUCCUGCCCCUCAGAGCUACAGGAGCGCCUCCAGCUUUUCAAGUCUGCCGCCAUCUUUACGGCAGCCAACUUCCCAGCCUGCCUCGCGCUCAGGGACAGGGAGCUCGGGCCGACAGGAAACGGAGGGCGGGGCCGGCGGGACGGGUGGGACCUGUGGGGAAGGUAAAGGACGGGAAGAAGACACUGGGAAGACUUCCUAUGUUCCAGACUUCCUAUUCAAACCUGUCAGGGAAGUUUCAAUGCAACAGAACACGUCCGGACCCUACAGAAUAAAACUUCGAACUUUAACCAGUCACCUAGAAGUAACAGCAGUCUUAAAAUGAGAUCCGGACGGAUUGGUUUGCCCAAAAGUACACUGCAAAUUGGAGUUAGCAGCAGCAGGCCCCGGAGAAGGCGAUGGCAGCCCACUCCAGUACUCUUGCCUGGAAAA